AAUAGUUAGCUCCAGUUCCACCAAAUAGAAACUGUCGAUUGCAUUGCUGAUUGUUGACAACUGUACGGCUUGCUUUAAGAAUGGCUGACGGCACCAGUGUAGAGAGUAAAGUGUACUCCGCUUUCCGCGAAGAUUUCAUAAAACUCAGGGGCCAGCACAAGUUGAUCAAUAAAGUGACCAACCCCAAGCUUCCACUUCCUCCAACAUUUGGAUCAGAAUUGGACAGAAAAGAAGCUCAAUAUGCAAUAUAUGGAGGUGCUUUCAUUAGAGCGUUUGUGAAAUGGGAUGCCUUUGUGCAAGAUUUCCUAGAGGAGACGUUUCUUAAGCUUAUCGAGAUCAUCACUAGCGAAUCGCAACCACCGAAGCAAGCAACUAAACUACUCGAGAAGGCUUUUGAAGAAUGGCACAAGGAGCAGAAAAAAUUGUUGCCACCUCAGACAGCACAGGAGCUCAGUGUCCAACUUGUGCUUGAGCCGGACAAGUGGAAAAAUAUUCUUGAUAAUCAUGCAAAAAAAGCUUGCAAAGGAUGCACACCUGUUUUCCAUGGCGACAAAGGAAUUACAAAGUAUUUGGAACGCCUUUUCCUGGUAAAAGUGAAUCUGGCCGAAGAAUUGCUGAAGCUUGGCCCAAUCAAGCUUAGCUGUAUUAUCAACAAACCGAAUGUAAAAAUUGAGAGUGAGCCGCUCCUAAACGUAAACAACCCAACAGCUCUUGAAACCGUCACUCGGCUGCUUUAUGGUGUGAGAUGUGUGCUGGCUCACUCAAAGUAUGAAAAAACGUUCCUCUAUGGCGCUCUCUUUGAUUUCCCAGAUCAGUCUGUGUUUUUGAAGCAAAUGGAUGAAAGUGAUCUUUUGGCUGCAGAACAAGUCUACACCUUCUACACAAGAGCUGAAGCAGUGUACGAGAAGCCACCUGAAUCCAUUCUCCAGAUCUACUACUGCGAUAUUGUCAACCUUCAACGCUUCAUUUUGCAAAUGGCGAGUCGUCUACACAACACAGUUGUGAAGCUGAUUGAAGACCAUUACGGGCUGCAUGUUUGGAACACGUUGCCUUUCCCAGAGUGAGACUCCUACUAAAUGGCUGCUGUCCUGAUAAUGAGACUAUAUAUAAUUAUUAAUAGAGAAACUUUGUUAGUUAGCUAUUAGCCUUGGCCCUAUUUUGAUUUGCUAUACACAGAUUAAUAACUUGAUGAAUUUUCUUCCUGG